UCAGAAGAGUCUUUUGGUUCGUUCGUACGCGUAUUUUGUGGCGGCGGUCGUCAAUUGAUUUUGAGCAGAGAAAACGUAGGAAAAAUUAACCAUAAUUUUUCAAACGCACAAAAUCCAUAGUAGUGUCUUCUCCAUCUGUAAAUUGACGUGUGCAGUGCCGUUCUAACCUAUUAAAAUGAUGUCCGAAUAUUGGAUUAUCUCAGCGCCUGGCGACAAGACGUGCCAACAAACGUUCGACACGAUGAACAAUCUCACCAGCAAGCAACACAACCUGUGCAAUAACUAUAAGUUCCAUAUACCCGAUCUAAAGGUCGGCACGUUGGAUCAGCUGGUUGGCCUAUCCGAUGAUCUAGGAAAAUUGGAUACGUAUGUGGAGCAAAUUACACGCAAGGUGGCCAACUACUUGGGCGAGGUGCUGGAGGAUCAACGCGACAAGCUGCACGAAAAUUUGUUGGCCAACAACAGUCCAGGUCCACCCGAUGACAGCAUGCCGUGUCGACACCAUCAGCGUCUGAAGCAUCUCAGCCUGCGGCACCAUCGCAAACACCAGCAUACCCACCAUCAGAACAAUCCCCUGAGCUACCAUCAUAACCAUCAUCGCCAGUUGCCCACGGAUCUAAAGGGUAAAUCCUCAAAUCUCACACAUAGUCGAGCUACCGCUACUACCACCUCUACUACUACUCACACCUACCAUGCAAUAGCAGUCACGACCGCCUGCCCGACCUGCCCCGUCAGCGGCGGCAGCCUGAACAACCUCUCCACAUCGAACGAUGAGCUGGAACGGGAAUUUGAUUAUGUGAUAGCUCCAGCUUGUGCCUGUGACGAUUGCUAUGCCGCUGGCAGCAGUGUAUUCCCGCCUCCCAGCACCAGUGCCACGGCCAGCACGCUAGUGGCCGACGAGUGCUAUUCCCAGACCGCUUCCUCCAUGCUAAAUGCCACGCGUAGCGCCAUCUCCACGGUGGCCGCCAUUGCCACUGGCAGCAUGGGCGGCGCCAGCACAAGCGCCGCUGCCGCAGCCGCUGCAGCUUCUACUACAGCUGCUUCCACGCCUGCUCCCGCUAAGAACAGCUCCGCCUCCACACUCUGCUCGUCGUCGGCCUACUUCUCGACGUCGGCGCCUACGACCAGCAGCUCUGUGCACAGCAUGUCGCGCUCUAACAGCAAAAAGCUGAAUAACAACACUUGCAGCAUAAACAAUAACAAGCUGAGCUUUCGCAGCAACAGCCACGUGAGUCAAUUGAAUCUGCCCAUGCAUCCGCAUCCACAUCAGCAGCAGAGUCCGGCAACGAUGUCGCCGCCACCGUUGCAGUCGCCAACACAAAAGUUCUGCGGCUCAGCGGCCACCGGCGACGAUGAGGACGGGGCGGCAGACAAAGGGGGCGCAGACGCUGAGCUCAAAAGCAGCAACAGCGUCUCCGAUUUGUCCGAGACCUUCGACUGGUGGUUCAAUAGGCCAAAGCGUAACUCAAAGAAGUGCAGGUACCUUAUCGCAUCACAUUCACCAUCCCCAUCGACUGCCAGAGAGUUGUCAAAUGCAAACAUUAAUAAUAUAAUACACCGCACCCAAUGCCAAACGCUAACCGCCAACCACCAAUCGCCAAAUGCUAAAUGCCAUGUCCAAAUGUCCAUAUCGUCAGCCCGUCCAUUUUGUCAUGCACCGAUUGCCAGGCGUUGCAUAGUUCCUGUAUUUCGUGGGGCUAUGCACGAACCUGGCGCUCACAGGCGUGCUAGAGUCUUCGCCAAUACAAUUCGCACCUGCACACAAAUCGAUAAACAUAGCAACCCGAUGACAUUUCUGCAUCAAACAUCGCCCACACCGCGCUCUAGUUAUCGCUCUCUCUUCAAUUCUCUUGCCGAUCAAAUUUAUAGCAAACGUUCUACAACGAGUCAAUUAAAUAUAAACAAUGGAUUUAAUUUAACACCAACUCAUAGAUCGUCUCCAGUGAGUAGUUGUUGUGGCAGUAGUAGCCAGGGGCGUUCCAGUCCGGACACGGAUAAUGGCGACCCGCCAGAGUUUCCGCUGAGUCCAGCUGAAUUGCCGCAAUACCUAACGCGUUUCCAAUGGGACAUGGCCAAAUAUCCAAUUAAGCAAUCGCUACGCAACAUAGCCGAUAUUAUUUCGAAGCAGAUCGGUCAGAUCGAUGCUGAUUUGAAAACGAAAUCGCAAGCGUACAACAAUUUGAAGGGUAACCUGCAGAACUUGGAAAAGAAGAAAACUGGCAGCUUGCUGACGCGCAAUCUGGCUGAUCUGGUCAAGAAGGAGCACUUCAUACUGGACUCUGAAUAUUUGACCACGUUGUUGGUCAUCGUGCCCAAGCCUAUGGCAAAUGACUGGAUGACCAACUAUGAAAAGAUCACCGAUAUGAUCGUACCGCGUUCCUCGCAGCUCAUACAGGAGGACUCCGACUACUGUCUGUUCAAUGUGACGCUCUUCAAAAAGGUGGCCGAGGAGUUCAAGAUGCAUGCGCGCGAGCGUAAGUUCAUCGUUCGUGACUUUGUCUACAACGAGGAGGAACUGGCUGCUGGCAAGAACGAAAUGACCAAGCUGAUGACGGACAAGAAGAAGCAAUUUGGUCCCCUUGUGCGUUGGCUAAAAGUGAACUUCAGCGAAGCAUUCUGCGCCUUGAUCCACGUGAAAGCCUUACGCGUCUUUGUCGAGUCUGUGCUGAGGUACGGCUUGCCAGUAAACUUCCAGGCAAUAUUGAUAGAGCCCAAUAAGAAGAGCGUGAAACGGUUGCGCGAUGUGCUGAAUCAACUAUAUGGCCAUUUGGAUGGCGCCUCCGCUGGUGGACAUGCGAGCAGUGCUGAUAAUGUGGAAAUACCCGGCCUGGGCUUUGGCCAGUCCGAAUACUUUCCCUAUGUGUUCUAUAAGGUGAACAUCGAUAUGGUUGAGCAGGCGAAGAUCUAAGAGGGCUAAGCCACGAAGCCUUUGCACUGCACACACAGCCGCCCACACACACACACACACAUACACACAUACCCAAACAGAGCCACAGACAUACAACUACUACGUGCAAAGAGAAACAACAAGAAAACUAAAUCAGAGAAACUACCGCCCAAUCCUAAUUUACAGACUUAGCAAAUCAUACAUCCCUAUACUAUAUACAAAAACAAACAUACGAUAUAAAUAAUGAGAAACAGUUGCCACACACAAAAUUACACGAAAAUGAAAAUGAAUAGUUUACUUUAAAUAAUUUUAGUCAUUGUUAUAUAAUUAUUGUUGUUAUUUAUGUUACGCGUUACAGAAUCCCGUUCAAGCUCAACUUACUUCCAUAAAAUCAAAAGAAAAAGUAAACAAACCAAUAUGCGCGUUCAAGUAGCUAACAUACAUAUUUCAUAAAUUAUUCCCAACGCUGUUUUUCUUUACAAAAGCAUGCAAAAUAUACACAAAAUUGUAUUCUUUUUUUUAACGUUCUAUAUAAAGUUCUUAGUUUGCUUUUGUUUUGCUUAAGUUUUAAACAGUAUUUCCAUUAUUUGUGUUUAUAAUCCAUUACUGUGCUUUGUCCCCGUAUGAAAUGGUGAAAGAUGAAAGAGUGUUUUAAACAACACAUACAUACAUGCAUAGAUAAAUUAUAAUACACUGUGUAUAAUAAAACAAAUGAAAACCACAAUUUGUUUCAGAACCUAAAUAUAAUACCAUAAGCAAUUGAGUUUAGUUUGUUUUGGAUGUGUUUUACAAUCAGAUCUUUUAUGCUCAUCGGUAAAUACUACAAGUGAUUAACAUACUUACCACAUAUUAAAAUUUAAUGAAGAAACUAGUUAAAUUUCAUGAACUAAUUAAUGUGUAAAUGCUGUCGCAAUUAACUGCCCAAAAUGGUUGAGUUAGGCCUGAAUCGUUCAACACGUCAACAGCUGCAUGAACCUGAUACUAAACAUGAGCUACUAACUAACAAGCAUUACAAUGAAAUGUCUUAUAAUAAAAAAAAAUUAAAAAUUAAACAAAA